GUGAGAGAGAGAGGAGUUUGUUUCUUGAAGAUCUCUCCAACCAAACCCAUUAAUUAAAAAAAAAAAAGAGAAGGUGAAAAAAGGAAGUGGGUUGCUGCUUUUUUUAUUUGUAUGUGUAUUUGUUUUCUUUUGACAUCUUCUAACACCAAAAUUUAGUGCACAAGUCAUAUCCCACACUUACCCCUUUCCUGCACAAGUCUGCUUCCAUCUUCAUCACUGCUGUCUCAACCCAACAACACACUCACCUCCAAAAAAGCAAGUUUGCCUUUAUUUUAUUUUUUUCACAACAACAACAGCAACAACAUGAUGUGUCCUUCUUUUCUGCUUCUUUGUCCUUCUCUGACUUCUCCUCAGAUUGAUAUUAGAUUACUACACGAAACCCAGAACCUUCCUCCUCUCUCUCUCAUCUCUCUCUCUUUCUCUUUCUUUCUUUCUUCAGUUUCAUUUUUUGCUCUUCAUCUCUCUCUUUCUGUGAUUCUGUUAUCACUCUUCUUGUGUUCAUAUCAUGAACCUAACUCACGGUCCCUCGAAUCCUAAGCCUUUUAAGGAUCCAAAGGUCAGGCUCAGGCAUCACUGCCUUAUGCAAGACUAUCAAGAAUUGCAUAUGGAAACCGAAGCUAUGAGAAAACGGUUAGAGACAAUACGAAAAAGGAAGGCAACACUAAUGGCUGAAGUCGGAUUUCUGCGGCGGAGAUACAGACAUUUGAGACAAGAACAGCCACAAGAUAUCAGAAAGGUCAGAGGAAGAUCAAAUGGUGGGAAGAAGAUCCGAGUAGAAGUAUCUCCUAACAAGAGAAGUGAAGUGGAAACUAAACACGUUUCGCUUCCUGACUUGAACCACUCGGGAAAGGUUCACGAUGAAACCAACACCAGUCUUAAGAGAAAAGUUCCAUUGUUUGAUCUAAACCAAGUAUCUGGAGAAGAGGAGGAAGAAACAGAGGCAGUGAACAAUGAUCAAGAGAAGAUAAGAGUGGAAGAAAGUAGUUCAUGUAAGAGAGUGAGUACUAGCACUGAGUUCCAACAACAGCAACAGCAAAAAGAGAUGAAGCUAUCGUCUUGCAGGAAUGGUGGAAACGGUUCAAUUAAGAGGAAAAUUUCAUGGCAAGAUCCUGUUUCAGCUCUCAGAGUCUAGAAAGCAAGAACAUUUUGUUCUUCUUCAAAGUAUUAUUAUGUAACAUAGCUUCACAUCAAUUUUUAGCUGUUUAUUUUACUUAUCUUCAAAACAUAUCCAAUUGUGAUGACUUGAAAACAUGAAAAACCUUAUCCCUUCUCCAUC